AUGAUUGGAGGGUAUAUGAGAAAAACGAAACCAAAAGGAGUUGGCACAACGUUGGAUCCUAAGUACUUUAGUUCACUUUGCACUUCACUGCAGGGACGCAGGGAAGCAGGAAGUUCUGUCUGCUCUGCUUUGUGCGUUGGUGAAGUGGGAGUGGAGGGAGAGCGAGCGGAAAUGGGUUUGAAAGCAGCAGCUCCAUUUGUGGGGAUGGUAAUGGCAGAGUGUGCACAAGUUGGGCUAAUGAUAUUAGGCAAAGCAGCCAUGUCAAAUGGCAUGACCAAUUUCAUCUUUGUCCUUUACUCCAACGCCCUUGCUUCCCUCAUUCUUCUCCCUUCUUCUUUCUUCCUUCACAGAUCAGAGAGGCCUCCACUCACCAUCCCUAUUGUCUGUGGAUUCUUCUUGCUUGGUCUAUUUGGUUGGUUGGCACAGAUAUUUGGGUAUGCUGGGAUUAACUUGAGUUCUGCUACACUUGGCACAGCCAUGCUCAACCUUAUUCCUGGUCUUACUUUCAUACUUGCUGUUGCCUGCAGGUUAGAGAAACUUGACUGGAGAAGCUCCAGCACCUUGGCUAAAUCCAUGGGAACCAUAGUAUCGAUUGCUGGGGCUUUCAUUGUGAGUUACUAUAAGGGUCCCUCACUUCUGAUAGCACCCUCUCCUUCAAACUUGCAUCAUCAGCUUCUCUCGCAACAGUCAAAUUGGAUUAUUGGAGGACUGCUCCUUGCAGUUGAUUGUGUUGCAGCUUCUGCAUGGCUGAUUAUACAGGCAUUGAUCCUUAAGAAAUAUCCAGCAGAGCUUAUCAUAGUCUUUUUUUACACCUUCUUUGUGACCAUUCUGUCUACAAUAGCUUGUUUGGUUAUGGAGAGGGACCCUGGUGCUUGGAGUUUAAAACCCACUAUAAGAUUGGUUGCUGUACUUUAUUCGGGAGUUUUCGGCUCUGCAUUCCAAGUUGGCGUUUCUACAUGGUGCCUGCAUAAGACUGGGCCUGUUUUUGUUGCAAUGUUCAAGCCCUUGGGGAUUGUCAUUGCAGCUGCUUUUAGUAUUAUCUUCUUAAGGGAUACUUUGUAUCUUGGAAGUUUGGUCGGAGCAACUGUGAUCGUCAUUGGGUUUUAUUUGGUGAUGUGGGGAAAGGCCAAAGAAGAGAAGGUGGGAGUGGAUGAUGGGGUAAGGAGCAUUGAAUCUGGCAGCCAAAACUUCCCUCUCCUGAAAAGCCAUGCUGAAGAAACAUAG